AUGAUAUCUUCGACUGGGGUUGUCACCUCCCCAGCAGGUGCAGAUUUGAAUCGAACCACUUCUCGACGCCGAGGUUUGAGUUACCUUCGUGCACUCUCCCAUAAUCGUUCGUCUGGCGGAAGCAGCUCUACCGAGCCUUCUCGAUCUCCGAGACACUACUUCCAGAGAUCCUCCAGCUGCAACGAGAAUCGACCAGAUCCCUCCACUACUUCCAGCAGAAGAAGAAGUAGUCAUUCACGCCCAAACGAACCGACAAGUCCGUUAGCCUCCGACGGUCGUCCAAACCCUCCCUCCGACAGGAAUACAAGAUCGUCCUCUCCUCCACCACCAACGGAUUCGGGUGCAGGCGCUAGUGAACAACAUAACACCGACGAGAUGGCAAGACACCGGACUUCGACGUUACAGAGAAACACCAGGAGUAAUUUGCAGGGGGAAAGUGCGGAGGCUGAGCCCACGUCGACGCCGGCCAACCCAAGAACCAACUCCAAGACACCUAGUACAUCUGGCACGAGAGAGGAGAAAGCAGAUGGUGAAUCGAAGCAUCAGUUACCGACUAUCCGCUUCUUCCCUCACCAGGAACUUCGAAAUGGGAGACCGUCUCUCACUUUUGCCCCCAUUUCACGAACACUACCGAGCGAGCAUUCCAUAAUUCGAGUCGGUCGAUAUUCUGAGCGUGAAGGAGUUCCCCACGCCAAUCCCUCUACACCUUCGGAUGCCCCGGUGGGCUUCAAGUCCAAGGUGGUCAGUCGCAAACACUGUGAAUUUAGUUUCUUGGAUGGUCAAUGGCAGAUCAAAGAUGUGGCAAGCUCAUCCGGGACGUUCCUCAAUCAUAUCAGGCUGAGCCAGCCCAACACCGAGUCCAGACUAUUCCCUAUCAAAGAUGGCGAUAUCGUUCAGCUGGGUAUUGAUUUUCGAGGGGGUGAAGAAAUGAUCUUUCGAUGUGUCAAGAUCAGGAUUGAAUGCAAUCGCGCAUGGCAAAAGAAGCCGAACAACUUCAACAAAAGUAGACACCAGCAACUACAAAGUCUGGCCAAAGAUCAGCCGUCGGCGGACGCGAAUAGUGGCGAAUGUUCUAUCUGUCUUGGUUCCGUCUUGCCUUGUCAGGCCUUAUUUGUCGCUCCAUGCGCUCAUGUCUGGCAUUACAAAUGCAUUCGGCCCUUAUUGGAAGGCAAAAACAGCACUUAUCCACAAUUUCAAUGUCCUAAUUGCCGAGCGUAUUCAGAUUUGACAGCAGAUGUAGACAUCGCCCAAUCAGAUAUCGAUGAAUGGAUGGAAAACACGGACGAUCAAGAGAAUCAAACGACUCAUCCAAAUGUCGAUACGAGUAAUCAAACCAAUUCCACGGCCGAUGCUGAGACGAAUGGCCAGGUGACGGGCGAACCAGCUAUAGUCGACUCAGAUGCUGCAAAUGAUACAGAAGCUGAAAGAACCACUGUCACGACAGACCCCAUUCCGGAGCAUCCUCCCGUGACCAUCUCGAAUCCGAUUGAAGCCUCCAGCGAUGAUUCUCCGUCGCUGACACCCUUAAGAACUUCAGGACUUCUGGCACGACGACAAGCGGCAAACCCAGCUUCGCCCGAACUACGUACCAUGAAUGGCAACCUCGGCAUACCUGAUCAACCGGAUGAGGAUGGGAUGCAUGCCCAUCUCGAACAUCAACGGACCAGAACCCAAACUCCCGAUGCGGAACAGGUCAUUGCGGGAGAAGGACCACUAACCCCUCGCAAUAAUGCGGGACCCUUUGUUUUUGAUGGCAGUGCUGGCAGAUCGGGUGCGAGACAAUUAGUCGUUCCCGGAAUCCCAGAAAUUACGGAAGAAAAUGGAUCUGGCACGGUAUGA